UUUGCUURCGAUGAUGGCACAUCUUUCGAUUCGUGUUUUGGUAAUAGCAGGGGCUCUCUUAUUGGGUUUAUCCGUAUCAGCAGUCGCCGUGUUCGUGAGCAUAGACUGCGGCUCCUCCGAAUCUUAUGUUGAUGAUAACAACAUCAGGUGGGUUGGAGAUGAUGCCUACAUUAAAACCGGUGAAAAUCGAACCGUGGAAAAUGCGGAUUCGGUGCGGUUGCGUGAGUACAGAACUCUCAGGGUUUUCUCGGACAAGAGGAACUGUUAUUCCAUUGACGUACCCAAAGGGGAGCGUGUCAUUGUUCGCGCAAAAUUUCAUUACGGGAAUUAUGACGGAAAUUCAUCUUCGCCAGUUUUUGAUCUUCAGUUCGACGGCAACAAAUGGACUAUCAGUUAGUGUACGUGACAAAGAUGGACGAAAUAAGCAUCUGUCUGGCCAUGACAAAUCCCGAUCAACGACCCUUUAUUUCUGCCAUAGAAGUGAGGAGCUUGGAUUUUGGCAUGUACGAUUUCCUCCAUCCAAAUUACGCUUUCCUCGCAACCUGGAAAAACUAUGGGAAAAAUUCCACUCAGCU